AUGCCGGCUCUCACUACACCCACACGCCCCUCCAAUCGAGGAGGGAGUGUAAAGUCCCCACCGGCCAAAGUGCUCGAUAUUGGACAGCCGUUGGGGAUCCACGACACAAACACGGUUCGCUCCCGAGUGCGCCAAUGGCAGCAACAAGGGGGUGGCGUGAUCACGAUCAACGAUGGAACGUAUGACGACGAUGGUGAUGAGAAUCAGCCCAAAGCGAAACCAAGUGCAACGAAGCUGAAGCCGGAACGAUUGGGAAAAUCCGACAAGGAAACGGAGCGAGAGACCGAGAGUGAGAAGGAGAAGGAGAAGGAAAAAGAACCGGAGAAGGAGAAGGUCAAAGACAAAAUUCCAACCGUUCGCAAGCGAAGCCACAGCACUCCACGGAAGCGAGUGAUCAGCGACGAGCACUGGAGGAAGAAUCGAUCGACGACACAGACACCAUCCCGCAACCUCCCGGCGCCCCGAAGGAUCAACGAGUAUACAACCAAUGGCGGCGCCGGGUCACCGCGAGCCAAACGGGCGAGCGAGCGUGACGUUUUGGAAAAGACACGGGACCCGCCAAAGUUCAAGCAUUAUCGAAUCCAGAAUGGCUCAACAUCGUCGAUUGGAGAAGGGAAGCAUUCCUCGAGUCGAAAGGAUGCCGAGUCGGUCACCGACAGCGAGAUCGAGGGAGACCAGGCUCGUUCAGCGAGGACAUCGCAGAUCUCGAGUGGUGUGGGCAAGGCGUCCAGUCCUGCAGAGGAUAUGGACUGGGCAAAGAGCGAGGCCGACUUUUCAGAACUGUCUCGAAGACGCGCCCGGGGUCCCCCCAAACCACCAAAAGGGGGAAUUUUCGCUCACAUGCUGGACGAAUCUCGGAAGAUGUUUAAACUGCCGGAGCCAGAGCCACCAAAGCCGACUCCACCUCCACCAGGGACGCGGGGGGCCAAAAUUGAAGCGUGGCUGUCGGAGACCCCGGAUCCUUUCCUCGAAAAUACCGAUUCGAAAAGUGAUAUCCCCGGUCCGCUAGAUAUCAAAUCCGCACGCGCGAGGCGGUCCCAGCGAAUCGUGGAUGAAAUUGCGGCCAGCACUCCCUUGUCGGACAUUUCACACGAAAGCGAACCUCGUCCCAGGAGCAGCGGCUCAAGACCCAAGAGUUCCCACAGCCGACAUUCCAAAGAUCUAGAAGAGUCCUCCGCGCUGGACGAUGGCCGGGCUCCCCGAGACAGUCACACCAAUGGCGUCGAAAAGCCCCUCGCGCUCAGAAUUCGGCGUGACAGGGAAAAAGCCCAUGAAAACCUCGAAGUAGACAGUUUGGCACCAUCCGAGUCAGAUUUCCAGCCUUUCUCGGACGGCGGGUCGGAGGUCUCCGGGAAUAAUGCGCCUGUCCCCGUUGGUAUCAGGAAGCCAUUCCCCAGCACCGGACUUCAUAGGUUGUCGACGAUUGCAUCGCGGGAAACCCUGAGCACUCUCCCCGAGGGAGAAGACGUCGCUGAAAGGGCUGCUUCUGCACAAACCCCCUCGCAAACUGCGGAAGAAGCUGAAGAGGCAGCUGAAAAGGAGGAUCACUUUGACCCGGAUUCUCUCCCGGGGGUCACGUCGCAGCUCCAACGACGUCACACAACCCACAAAGACCUUAUGUCGGUGCUUUCAGUAUCCGCCUCCAGAAGUGGCAGUACUCGCUCCCGCAGAAGUGUUCGCUCGACCAGAAGCCGCAUGGCUCAUGCGACCAUCCCUGAUCUCUUGGCUGAGCUCCGAUCCGACGAGGUCAAAUAUAUGCGCGAGCUCAAGACCUUGGUUGGAGGAGUGGUUCCAGUGCUGCUCACUUGUGUCCUUUCCCGAUCCGACUCGGCCAUUGCGGCAGGGCUGUUCCGGCCGUCUCUUGAUCCCAAGGAUGAUCUUAAUUUUUCCAAGCCGAUCGUCAACAUGGGCGUCGCCACAGAACGCUUGAAAACUUUACACAAACGGAUUCCUCAGGAUGACGCCGACGCAUUACUCACAUGGGCGCAAGGGGCACAGAGAGUAUACCGUGAAUAUCUGAAGGCCUGGAGGCUCGGCUUCAAAGAUGUGAUCGUGAACUUGGCCCCUCCGGAUGAGGGUGAGAAUGGAGGUAAUGCCGACACGAAAAGUCUAGAUGAAGGCAUGGAGCGGGAUGAGCAGGGUGAUAUUAUUGGCGCCAACGGCGAGAAGGUGGACGUCGCGUACCUGCUGAAACGGCCUCUGGUCCGCUUGAAGUAUCUUGCCAAGAGCUUCAAGGGUAUCAAUAAUCUACAGCCAUCCGCCAAAGCCGAGGAAAUCGCAUCCGCGUACGCCUUGCUCGUGGCGGAGGCUCGAAAGCGAGCGCGAGACGAGAGAGCUCGCCUGGAAGACGAGUCUGCGGCGAGCAUCGAUCCUACUCGUGCGCGCGACCCAAUGACAUUAGGCUUAUCCAGCAACGUGGUUGUCGAUCAGACUCGUCGCGUCCGUGCUCGCGAUUUCUUCAACCUCUCUUUCUACCACUCCAGCGGCCAGCUGAUCGAUUGCCGGGCUGAGCUGUUAUACCGCGAUAAUACGUCCAGCCAUGGGCCAGGUGGGGAUUUGCUGAUUUGCGAAAUCGAUCACUCUGACCGAUGGCUGCUCUUCCCGCCGAUGGACCUACGAUGUGUCUCAGCCCGAGUUGGAGACAGCAAAGGCGAAAUUGUCGUGAUGCUCCGCAGCUCUCCCGAAGAGGAAAGGUAUUGGCAGGAGUUAAUCUCCCUCCGCAUCGACGAAGUUGAUAUCGUGAUGGAGUGGGUGCAAUUGCUGGGUCAGGAUCCCUUACCUCCGGCACUCUGCAGGAGCCAGAGCUUCAUCAGCAGGGCAAAGCAGCACAAGUCUCGUCGAUCGAGCGUGACAGAAUCUCCACCUCGUGCCAACAACAGUGAUGUAGAGGUGCCUAUUGGCGAGAAAGUCACUAGGAAACGGCGAUCUCUCACGCCAAAGGAACACAACUCAGGUUCAAGCGUUGCCGGAUCUUCUAGCACAGACUUCAGAAGCUCCGAGCUCUCAAUGGCCACCCGGGAAACCGAACAUCCCUCUGGAGACUCCGAAGUGUCUAGUAAGACCGCAGCCCGGCCUGGUUUGCCAUCUUUACCAUCCACAGUAACCUCUGAAAAGUCGGUAGGCGCAUUGAAAAGAUCCAAAGCAAAGAGACAUUCGCGGCACGCGGACAGUGCAAAUACGGCAACUGCACUGCCUCAGACCAACGCCGUUGAUCAUUCCAAAGAGGCCAUUCCCUCACCAGCACGCUUCUACGGGAACGGCGUCAACCCGAAGGAAAAUUCUCCGAUCAAGGAGACAACGCCCAAGAAAGUAGCCCAGCCCCCGCGGGCCCGAGAAUCGCCGGAGAGAGAAUCGCCCCGUGUCUCUUCAACCCCUUCUGCGUAUCUGCCAAUGAUCCCGAAGAUCCGCAGCACCAGCAGCCAGACACACUUGUCUUCUCCAUCGACUGGCACGCAAGAGGAAGAAGAAGACUACCCUCCCUUGGACGCAUUACCAGAAUCUCCGUCCCCAGAGACCCCUACUCGAUCAGAGCGGCGUAAAUCAAGGCGCAAGUCCAAACACGAAGAAUCCCCUCCCCCGCCUCCUCCCCAUCGCACUCCUAGCUCUUCUCCAAACAAGCUUUCCAACAGUCCAGUUCUUCCCGCGUCUGGUCUUCGACUCAAGCGUCGCGGCUCCUCGCCGCUGAAACACGAAUACGAGCCUUCCACAGCUUCUGAUUACUCUGAGACCGAUUCGGAUGCCUCGACUGUCCGGCACUACACCUACUCCUCCUCUGACAGCUCCGCAUCUGAAAGCGACUCGGAAUCAUACUCGUCACUUUCAGACGAAGAGGAAGACGAGCUUGAACCACCUAAGCCGAUAGUGCCUCGGCCAAACGCCUCCGACGCGAGCUCUUUGUCUCCCUCCAAUUCAGCUUCCCAAGGUGGAUACCGCACUGUCCCACUUCAGCCAUCUAAGUCGAGCAAAGCCUUUGCAUCUGUAUUCGCUUGGUCCGAAAAGGGAAGCUGGGAUAGCCUCGUUCCGGACGAGUGCUCUGUCGUUGUCAGCCCUGGCCUGAUUGAAGCGUUCAAUGUGGGAAAUAGCCCAAAUCCAAGUGCCACGGACCGGGCAUACCCCCACUUGAAACCCGUGGUCUCUAUGGAGCUUACGCCUCUAGUGCCCAUUCGCAGGGGCACGGCGAUCGACAUCAGUAUCCGCUCACCCCCCACUGAUCGGUCGAAUAUGACCUCGAGCAACAACAUCAUGUUCCGCUCUCGAAACCCCGAAGAAUGCGAUGCUCUUUACAGUCUUAUCAACCAGGCGCGUAUCAAUAAUCCGAUCUACAUCGCCUUGCAGAAUGCCCGGGGUCCGAUUUACGACGAUUUUGUGCCCAACUUUGAGCAGCCUGCCACCAAAGCCGGAAGCAGUUGGCUCGGAUUCCCUCGUCGCCGAAAGAGCUACCGAGCCUCUGACUCGCCUCGGUCUCUCGCCGAGGGCUCUGAGAGCAGUGUGGGAACAAUGAGUAGCGCCUUUUCCGCACUGAAGCGCUUCCGUGGUGGAAGCAAAAUGUUCAAUAUCUCUCGCUCCACGGUGACCUCUCGAAACGGCCACGAGGAAAGCCUGUACUCCAGUUCUGGAGCCUCUUCAAACCCGUCUCCAUCAUCCGGCAUUGGUCGAAUCGCAGCCGCCAUCAAGGGUGCUGAUGGAAUUGGCCUCUCAAACGCGAAGAUCCGUCUCUACCUCCGCGAGUCGGCGUCCAAAUGGCGUGACAUGGGCGCUGCGCGGCUGACAAUUAUGCCCGCGCCACCCAAGAACUCUUCCUCUCGCCCGGGUACCGCAACCAGCGCGGUAGCCGAAGACCGGGACAACCGAGAGGACAGCUCCUCGCCACCAAGUUCGGGCGCAACUACCCCACGCCGCGACGCGGAAUCCGAAAAACGCAUCAUCAUCCGCGGCAAGACACGCGGUGAAGUUUUACUGGAUGUCUGUCUUCCCGAAAGCUCUUUCGAGAGAGUCGCUCGAACUGGUAUCGCAGUGUCCGUCUACGAGGAGAACGAGGGUGGCGUAAUCGCCAAACAAGGCGGCGUGGGCACAGGUACCCAGCGCAUUUACAUGCUUCAAUUGAAGUCCGAGGCGGAGGCUGCAUAUACUUUUGGUCUUGUGGGCAAAUUGCGGUAUUAG